GCUAUUGAUGCAAACUUGACGACAACUACGAUGACUCAAAAGAUAAACGUUCCGAUGCCUUCAUAUGCACACCAUCAUAGCCUUCGCCUGCUCUUUUCAAGUUCUCGGGAUUGUUACACUGUGGCUUGUGCUUUGGAGCCAUAGAAAAAGUUUCGGACUGAGAUGGGAGGGUUUACGCCGGUGCCCAAUCGCAAGCAGUUCCCCAUACGACCUAUUCAACGGAUAUCCAGGUCCUUAUUUACCCAUGCGUUCGCUUACGGUCACUCAACUAUCCACCGCACUGUCGAGAGUGAGGUUGUCGGCGCCAUAUUCUGGGAGAGAAGAGAAGAAAAGCACAACAGCGAACAUAGUGUAUAGAUAUCUCUUCAAGUUGUAAUGUGAAUGUUCAG